AUGACAAAUCAGUCAAUUGCAGAAGGUGAAACUGUAGUCUCAUCUGGUGGAACCUUUGAGCUAGGAUUUUUCAGCCCCAGCGGCAUUUUGAAGGUCAACAAGCCGGAAAUUCUUGCUCUUCUCAACAACAAGAAUGAAACUAUGUGGUGCACUAACACCUCAAGAUCAAUCCUAAAUCCAGUUGCAGUGCUCCUAGAUUCUGGUAAUCUAGUUAGCGAUAAUGAUCCAGCUCCAGGCGAAUUCACACGUCACAUUGAUCCUACUGGAUAUCCACAGGCCCUCACCAAAUGUGGCACAGCUGUAGCAGUUCGCAUAGGACCAUGGAAUGGUUUACAAUGGAGUGGAUCACCCAUACCUCUACUAGAGUGCUGCAUUUUUCAAUUUACUUUCAAUGAUGAGGAGGUUUACUAUAGCUUUUCCCUCAUUAACAGCUCGGAUUUAACAAGACUGGUCCUGACUAGCAACGGUUAUAUACAACAUUUGAAGUGGGUAGAUUGGACAAAGAGAUGGCAUGUUUACUACAAUUUACCAGCGGAUUAUUGUGAUACACAUAGCUUAUGCGGUGCCUAUGGUAGCUGUGACAUAGAUGAUACACCGGUUUGCGGAUGUUUGGAGAAGUUUGUAGCUAAAUAUCCACAACAAUGGGAAAAGGGUGAUUGGACAGAAGGGCGUGUUCGGAGGACACCCCUAAAUUGCAAAAGGGAACAUGUAUUUAUAAAAUAUUCUGGAAUCAAGUUGCCAAAUACUAAAUACUCUCACUAUGACAAAACCAUCGCACUGGAAGGGUGUAGGCAAGCUUGCUCCAGGAACUGCUCUUGCACAGCUUAUUCAAAUCUGGAUAUAACUAACGGAGACAAAGGUUGCUUGCUUUGGUUUGGGGAAUUGAUUGACAUCAGAAAGCUGUCUGAAAGAGGGCAAGACAUUUACAUCAAGAUGGAUUCUUCAGAACGAGAAUCUGAGGCAGGUUCAAAAACAAAGAAGGCAAUGGUACUCACACUUAUGAGUUUCUCAUUGUUGAUGGUAGCGAUUCUACUAUGCCUGAUUUUGUUGUUGUACAAAAGGAAAAAGAAGAAGAAACUCCAACUUAAAGAAGAUUUUGAGCUGCAAAUGUUCCAAUUGUCUACAUUAACAAGAACCACAAAUGACUUUUCGCUCACCAACAAGAUAGGAGAAGGUGGAUUUGGACCUGUUUACAAGGUAAAUAGUGCAAAUUUGUUUGUAAAGUAACUUUCUUAUGCUCAAAAUUAGUGUCAGAUAGUUACGGGUUUUUUUAAAAAAAAAAAUUAGUGUUAGAUAUGAUUCUAAUUCUGCAA